UUUUUUUUUUUUUCUUUAAAAUGAACGGAAAAAUGAACAACUGAACUGUUCUUCUUUUACCUAUUUCUUACAAAAAAUGACUGGAACUUUUUCUUUUGGUAAACAAAACUCAGAUGAUUGCAACGGUUGGCGUGAUAAGCUAGUCGGUAAAGUUGUAUUAAAUGACGAUGAAGUAACUACACUUGAAGAAAACGAGUGUAUUCGUAGAAAGGAUUUACCUCAGCCCAACAGAGUGGUUCCUCCUGGUUCUAUGGUGACUAUGGAUUUUAGACCUGAACGUUUAAAUGUUCGUGUUGAUCACACUAUGAGAGUUACUGGUGUGAACUACGGAUAGGUCGCUUACUUUUUUGACAAUCUAUACCAUAUUUCCCUUUUAUUAUUUAUUUAAUAAAGUCUGUUUUCUAUUAAAUCAUUA